AUGCCUGGGAGAGUUCUGCCAACGUUGACCUCCGCCGACGUCCAAUCCCACAACACCGACAAGUCAUGCUACAUCACCGUGGGGCGUAACGUUUACGAUGUCACCGAUUUCCUCGACGCGCAUCCCGGUGGUGGCGAUCUGAUCCUGGAGUAUGCCGGGCAGGAUGUGACGGAUAUCCUGAAAGAUGAGGUCUCCCACGAGCACAGCGACGCUGCCUAUGAAAUUUUGGAGGAGUGCCACAUUGGCUUUGUCUCCGAUGUCUCGACACCUGGCAAAACUACGACAACGACGACAACUGUCAUCGAAACGGUGACCGAAACCGAGUCCGGACCCAUUUACACAACUACUGGAAUGUCUCGGGAGGAGGACCUGUCGAUAGACACCGACUAUAGCCAGGACUACAAAACCCAUAAGUUCCUGGACUUAAACAAGCCGCUUCUGCUGCAGCUGUGGUACAGCAACUUCUCCAAGGAGUUCUACUUGGAGCAGAUUCAUCGGCCUCGUCACUACCGGGGAGGGGAGUCCGCUCCUUUGUUCGGCAACUUCCUGGAGCCUCUCAGCAAAACCGCAUGGUACAUCGUGCCAACUAUUUGGUUGCCAUGUGUUGCCUACGGAAUAACGGUGGGGGCUGUCGGGCUGGGUAACUCCGUCGUUGCUGCCUCCUACUUCACCGUUGGUGUGUGUCUCUGGACUCUGAUCGAGUAUCUGUUGCACCGAUUCCUCUUCCACAUUGACCACUAUCUUCCGGAUAACCGUGUCGGUAUUACCCUGCACUUCCUGCUCCACGGUAUCCACCACUACCUCCCGAUGGACAAGUAUCGUCUCGUUAUGCCACCGACACUAUUCGUGGUACUAGCUGCUCCUUUCUGGAAGCUGGCACACGCAGUAUUCUAUUACAACUGGUAUGCGGCUACGUCGGUAUUCUCCGGCGGAAUCUUCGGGUAUAUCUGCUAUGAUCUCACCCAUUACUUCCUGCACCACCGCAGUCUUCCUUCAUACUACAAGGAGCUCAAGAAGUACCACCUUCAGCACCAUUUUGCCGAUUACGAGAAUGGCUUUGGCGUGACCAGCCGAUUCUGGGAUCGAGUCUUUGGCACCGAGUUGGUGUCUCCCGCGCCAAAGGGCGUCAAGGCUCAGUGA